AUGAUGAAUGUGGAGCGUAUUGAUGGUUGGCGAUUUGUUGUGAAAGGAGGACAUCGAGAUUGUGUUGUUGACUUGGAACUUCGGAGGUGUCAAUGUGGUGUGUUUGAUAUUGAGAAAAUACCUUGUUCACAUGCCAUUGCAGCUGCAAAGGAUGCAAAUAUUCAUGUUACUACGUUUGUAUGCCCAUCCUAUUCAAAGAAUUAUCUUUAUGCAGCAUACGCGGCAAAUAUAUAUCCCAAAAGUGACGUUUUGGAAGCUCCCAACACUGAUGACACAUCACCUGCCAAUGAAGAAGAAGCUCCCAACACUGAUGACACAACACCUGCUAAUGAAGAAGGAGCUGAUAAGGCACGUAAAUGUCUUCCUCAAGAGGUCAAGCGUGGAAGGGGUAGGCAAAAGAAGUCAAGGUGGCAGUCUUGGCUAGAAAUUUCCAGGAUGAGGGGAAACCAACCACGAAAACUGCACAAGGAUUAUAGUUGCUCCCAGUGCAAACAACCGGGUCACACUCGUCCUAACUGUCCAGGUUAA